AUGGCCGCCGCUUUUGACGAGGAAGACCUCGCUAUCCCCCUCUCUACCGACCGCGAUCAACGUGAGAGAAGAUCGCCCCAGAACCCCGCUGCCAUGGCUAUGCCACCCUCAAAGCCCUCCGGUAAACCGGAAGAUCUGCUGCAGUCACCCUCGACCACACGAGACAUGCAGCGCCUCGACCAGUACCAGACAAUUCGGGUGUUGGGCGAGGGGUCAUUCGGAAAGGUGAAGCUCGCCAUUCAUCAGCCAAGUGGACGCCAGGUGGCCUUGAAGAUUAUCUCGCGGCGCAAGCUGCUCUCCCGAGAUAUGGUCGGUCGCGUGGAGCGAGAGAUCCAAUAUCUACAAUUGCUGCGACACCCCCACAUCAUCAAACUGUAUACCGUGAUUGCGACCAAGAGCGAUAUUGUGAUGGUGUUGGAGUAUGCGGAACGAGAGCUGUUCGACUACCUCGUGAGGAAGGGGCGAUGCGGCGACGAUGAAGCCCGGAAGUUUUUCCAGCAGAUUAUUUGCGCAGUCGAAUACUGUCAUCGACACAAAAUUGUCCACCGUGACCUGAAGCCCGAGAACCUGCUCAUCGACAACCAAAAGAAUGUCAAGAUCGCGGAUUUCGGAUUGAGUAAUAUUAUGACCGACGGCAACUUCCUCAAGACCAGUUGCGGUAGCCCCAACUAUGCGGCGCCAGAAGUUAUCUCUGGAAAGCUUUACGCUGGCCCUGAGGUGGACGUGUGGAGUUGUGGCGUGAUCUUGUAUGUGCUGUUGGUGGGACGACUGCCAUUUGACGACGACUACAUCCCCGCCCUCUUCAAGAAGAUCGCUGCCGGUACUUUCCACAUCCCUGGCUAUAUCUCAUCCGGGGCAGCUCGCUUGAUCAGGGCAAUGCUUCAAGUCCACCCCGUUCACCGAAUCACCAUUCCCGAGAUCAGAUUGGACCCGUGGUUUACCAAGAGCCUCCCCACGUAUUUACAACCACCACCAGAAGAGUUUAUUGCGCCCGGAGUGGAUCCAAAGAAGGUUGACAAUGGAAAGCUGGAUCCAGCGAAGCCGGCACCGGUUCAACAUAAAAUCCAUACGAUUGCCGUGUCAAAGCUUGAACGCAGCAUGGGAUACGGCAAGGAAGACAUUGAAGAAGCACUGAGACACCCGGAACCCAGUGCAAUCAAGGAUGCGUUCUCUAUCGUUGUCGACAAUGAGAUGAUGCAGACCAAUUCACCAACAGAAGACCACAUGCUGGCCCAGAACGUUCAACCGAGAGGGGCUGCACCCUCAUCCGCAGACAGACCCCCCGCCCCACGGCACCCACCACAGUCUGCAGCUGCCAGGCAACGCGCCACCAGUGUUUCGCACCGCAGAGCCUCGGAAGAGCCCCAGACAGAGUCCGGGGAAGAGCCUCGCAUCAGUCACGUGCGAAUUCUCCCUACAAGUUUACCAUACGUUCACGAGCAGCUCCUCGAGCAACGUGAGCGUGAACGGAGAGCACGCAAUGAGAUGCUCGAACAGCGGCGCCAGGAGGGUGCUCACUCCGAUCACCCCGACCAAGCUGCGUACCGAGACAUGUCCCCCGAGGAGCAGGCUGCUACUGCCCGAGCGUUGAAGCCACAUGCACGCAGUGUUAUUGAUCUGGAUAAGCUGCGCUUCGAGCCUCCAACCGGACAGCCUAUUGAGAAACAGCCCAAGAGAAGCCGCAAGUGGCAAUUCGGUAUUCGCUCUCGAAACCAACCCUACGAGGCCAUGCUAUACUUGUACCGGGCGAUUGCCGCCCAGGGGGUCUUUGGGAUAUCCAACCCGCCGAAUCAGUCUAAAUACUCACCUCAUGCAGGCACCAACAUUGGCCCCGACGCAGUCCCCUCACCCGAUAAACCCAAGCCCCUCCAGAACAAAUAUCCCGACCUCCCAUCCGAUUACUAUAUCCCUAAAGACCCAUGGUUCAUCCGUGCCCGCCUACUGAAGGAGGGCAUCAAGCCCCCCGGUGCCAGUAACACCAGCGUCUACAAUAGUCGCAGCGACCUCGAAGAACUCCGUCGCCGCUUCAACAUCUCCGGCAUCUCAGCACCCACCGAAGACCGCCAACACCAGUCCUCUGCACCAGACAGCGGUCUCGCAUCCGGCGCAUCCUCUGCCACAGGCCCAACCGGUCUCCCCAACAUCACCUACGGUGUCUGGGUCUUCCUCGACAUCCAGCUGUACCAACUCGAAGAAAACAACUACAUGGUCGACUUCAAGUGCGACGGAUACCAGAACGUGAUCCGUGCGAAUGGCGAUACCGAGUGGCAUCCCAUUAGCAAGCGUUUCAAGAACAAGGAGAAGGAGGUUACCAGUCCUUACCCCUUCCUUGACGUGGCGUCUGACCUUGUUGCCCAGCUGGCUGUGGCUAGUUGA